CGCUCCUCCCCAACCGGUAAAAGCUACUCAAUCCAGAGACUUAAUUUCUGCACUUUUGCUUAUUUCACGUCUUUGCCUCACUUGGAACACGUGCCCCUGCCUCUGCGCCAGGCUCCGUAGUCCCGCGAGGCCACUGCGCCCCCCGGAAGCUCCCCCAGAGCCACGCGCGUAAUUCCAGGUCCUUCCCAGGAAGGAGCGCGGACUGGGUGCGCGGUGCCCGGGACGGGAAGGGGCCAGACUUGGAGCCCUAAAGCACGCCCGGGCGGUGUCCUGGGGCCGUGCGUUCCUUCAAUGUCCGGGCGUCAGCCCCCGAAUCUGGAGCAUCAGGGAGCUCCGCAGCCCGCUGCUACCGACGUUUUUCCUUUCGCUGGCCCGCAUCUGGACAAAGUCCCGCGGCUGCGUCGGGAGGCACCGUGGGUGGAAAAGCCACUGCAGGGUGGGGGGCAAGGGGCUGAAGCGAUGUCACUUGUUGCGGCUAAUAAACGGUGCUCGACCCUGGGGCGCUGUUGUUUCUAAAAUCUUUAGCUGUGCCCGCGAUCUCUCCACCUGUGUUCCUUGAUACAGAACCGGGAAGAAGGGGCAAGCCGGAGCAGCUGGCACUGUGGGCGGAGAGGGGGGCCGCGCCCCGAGAGCCCGCUCGGGUGGGCGUUGGGUGCCGGAGGGGCGCGGGUCCGGUCCCGCUUGCGGCAGCUGCUGGGGCUUCCAGCCACAGUGUCCUCCCUGACAGUGAAACCGCGCGGGACACAACCCAUCACAGCUCGUCACCUACUUACAAAUUGAUGUCGCUAGGAUUCCCGCCACUCCUCUCAGACCAGCCCCCCACCCCUGCCACUUUUCGGAGUCCUCCGCCCCCGUCACUGCCUCCCGGGAGCUGCGGGGCAGUCGGACGCGGAGUCGCCGAGCCACUAGGACGCCUGGCUGGAGCUGCCCUCUGCAGCUGAGCCGGCGCCCCCUGCCCUUCGCCGCGGCGUUGGCCUGGCACCCCCGCCGCCCUCGCUCUGCUCCUCCUGUGUCUCCUCCCUGCUCUCCUCCCGCAGGUCCCGGAGUUCUGCCACCGCAGGGUGUAGCGGGGCCGGCGAGAUGAGGCAGCUGUGCCGGGGCCGCCUGCUGGGGAUCUCGGUGGCCAUCGCGCACGGAGUCUUCUCGGGCUCUCUCAACAUCCUGCUCAAGUUCCUCAUCAGCCGCUACCAGUUCUCCUUCCUGACCCUGGUGCAGUGCCUGACCAGCUCCACCGCGGCGCUGAGCCUGGAGCUGCUGCGGCGCCUCGGGCUCAUCGCCGUGCCCCCCUUUGGCCUGAGCCUGGCGCGCUCUUUCGCGGGAGUAGCAGUGCUGUCCACGCUGCAGUCCAGCCUAACGCUCUGGUCCCUGCGCGGCCUCAGCCUGCCCAUGUACGUGGUCUUCAAGCGCUGCCUGCCCCUGGUCACCAUGCUCAUCGGAGUCCUGGUGCUCAAGAACGGCGCGCCCUCGCCAGGGGUGCUUGCGGCCGUGCUCAUCACCACCUGCGGCGCUGCUCUGGCAGGAGCCGGCGACCUGACCGGCGACCCCAUGGGGUACGUAACCGGCGUGCUGGCGGUGCUGGUGCACGCCGCCUACCUGGUGCUCAUCCAGAAGGCGAGCGCGGACACGGAACACGGCCCGCUCACCGCGCAGUAUGUCAUCGCGGUCUCUGCCACCCCGCUGCUGGUCAUCCUCUCCUUCGCCAGCACGGACUCUAUCCACGCCUGGGCCUUCCCUGGCUGGAAGGACCCGACCAUGGUCUGCAUCUUCUUGGCCUGCAUUCUCAUCGGCUGCGCCAUGAACUUCACCACGCUGCAUUGCACCUACAUCAACUCGGCGGUGACCACCAGCUUCGUGGGCGUGGUGAAGAGCAUCGCCACCAUCACCGUGGGUAUGGUGGCCUUCAGCGACGUGGAGCCCACCUCUCUAUUUAUUGCCGGCGUCGUGGUGAACACCCUGGGCUCCAUCAUUUACUGUGUGGCCAAAUUCUUGGAGACCAGAAAGCAAAGCAACUACGAGGACCUGCAGACACAGGCAGGGGGAGAGGAGGUGCAGCCAAAUAGAGACCAGCUGCCGUUUGUCAUGGAGGAGAUGCAGGCGGAGGAUGGAAAAGGCGGGUCAGAAGGUGGGAAGGCAGCAGGUGGCUCCACUCAGCAAAGAGGGCAAGAGGCGAGAGGCAGCCCCAGAAGAGUCCCGCUGGUGGCUACGAGCUGGCCGAUCUCAGACAGCCGUGAAGAAGCGAGCAAGAGGUCAUUAAAGGAUGCUUACCUGGAAGUGUGGAGGUUAGUUAGGGGAACCAAGUAUAUGAAGAAGGAGUAUUUGAUAGAAAAUGAGGAGUUACCCAGUCCCUGAAAAGGAAAUGCAUGUAUGUAUAUAUGUACAUCUACACUUAUUUUAUAUGUUAGAGAUGACAUAUUUUAAUGAGGGGCCGCCUAAUUUUAUUCUUUGAGGAGUGGGGAAGGGAAGCAAAGAAAGAAGCUGAAAUGGACGGACAGCAAUAAAAUUAGCAUCCGUGUGAAUUAUUUAGCGUGAGUUUGCCUGAGGCAUCACAGAGACAAAAGAAUGUGAAGAUGCUUAAACAAAGUAAGGCAGCCGUUUCUGCUGCAGACUCCUGGCACGUUUGUGGGUUUUUUUUGUUGUUGUUGUUGUUUUUGUGGGGUUUUUUUGGUCAUUAUAACCGUAACCAAAUAUCUGCAUGUACCGAGUCCCUCAACCACCCUCUCCAAGGAUGGAGUGUAGAAAUGAUGGCAGGACUUAAAAGCUCAAAGAUUACACCCAGGGGCACAUUUUUGAUGAUAGAAUUACAGUUUUUUAUGGCCAUCUGGGCAAAGAGUAUAUUAUUGAAAAGACAUAUGUAAAUACACUGAAUUGGUGUUUACUGUUUAUAAUCAUCUGAAAUAUCAUGUUUACCUUACUUUUUCUUCACUUUAUAAAAAAAAUAAGUGCUCUCUUAUUCUAUUAUAUAUUGGUAAGAAAUGUUAAAGCUAUUUUGAAAAUAUGAGUUCUUAGCUUUAAUCAUGAAGUUUAAAGUUGGCUUUUAGUAAUUACUAUAAAACUAUUUUAAAAGUUGUUUUGGCUCACUGCUUUAUAACAUUUAUUACUGAAUGCUAUGACCUUUUUAAAAAACAGUUUCACUGUGUCCAAUAUUCUUUCAAGCAAAUGCAAUGGCUGAAAUAUAAUUCCGUAUUAAGAAGCCCAAACAGAAGUGAAGCCUUCCUUUUAAGCUGGCCCUUGAAAGUCUCACUGCACAACCCAAACCGUGUUACAAAAAGAGCAACUGCUAUCUAUAUUCACUUGAUGAUAUUUUUCUAUCUUAAAUUUGUCAGA